AUGAGUGGCUGUUCAAAGAGAUGCAAGCAUGGAAUUGUCAAAUUUUCCCAGACUAUUUUUAAACUCAUCACGGGCACUCUCAGCAAAGACAUAACUUGGUGGUUCUUUUUGUACAGGAGAGAUAAAAUUGAAGAUGAAUUAGAAAUGACGACAGUGUGCCACAGACCCGAGGGACUGGAACAGCUUGAAGCACAAACCAAUUUCACUAAAAGAGAACUUCAAGUUCUUUACAGAGGAUUUAAAAAUGAGUGUCCUAGUGGAGUUGUUAAUGAAGAAACUUUCAAACAGAUCUAUGCACAGUUUUUUCCUCAUGGAGAUGCCAGCAUGUAUGCACAUUACCUCUUCAAUGCCUUUGACACUGCACAGAAUGGCUCCGUGAAGUUCGAGGAUUUUGUGAUGGCAUUGUCCAUUCUGCUACGGGGAACUGUUCAUGAAAAGCUGAGAUGGACAUUUAAUCUGUAUGACAUAAAUAAGGAUGGCUAUAUAAACAAGGAGGAAAUGAUGGAUAUCGUAAAGGCAAUUUAUGAUAUGAUGGGAAAAUACACAUAUCCAGUGCUCAAGGAGGAUGCACCAAGGCAGCAUGUAGAAGUGUUUUUCCAGAAAAUGGAUAAAAACAAAGAUGGAGUUGUAACUCUAGAUGAGUUUAUUGAAUCGUGUCAGGAGGAUGACAAUAUCAUGCGAUCCUUACAGCUCUUUGAGAAUGUCAUGUAACCAGAUGAGCACUGGGGGAGUCUGAGACUUCUGUGUAACAAAGAUCUCCUUUCUGGGUGAAAGAUUCUACAAUUGAGCCAUGUCCAGUGAGGAUUUUGUAUGGCAUGUCCAACCAAAUGGCAACUGAAUGCAGCCGAUCCCAACUCUUCUCCCCAGAAGAUGCUGGUGGACCUUUGUUUCAUUUUGGAAGCAUGUGAAUAUUUUAACAAAUCCCAACAAGAG